AUUUCGUAAUUUUGAUUCAGUCCGCCAGGGGAGACUCUUUUUGAAAGACGCAUUUGACGUGUGACAGCGCCUAGCGCACAGCUGCAACCAAAUCUGGCUCGCAGUUCACGGUGUUUCGGUAAUUUGUCGGUCGGUAAUGAAAAAGUGAUUGAAAUGGCUGAAAGUAAAGGUGCACUAAUUGCUAAGUCUAUGCAAAAACAUGCAGGAAGGGCGAAGGAAAAGCUGCUGCAGAACCUGGGCAAGGUGGACCGCACUCUCGAUGACAUCUUCGAGGAGCACCUGCAGAACUUCAACCGCCAACACCAGCAGGCCACGCGCCUGCAGAAGGAGUUCAACAACUACAUACGAUGCGUCAGAGCGGUGCAGACAGCGUCCAAGACCCUGAUGGAGGCCAUCACAGAAGUCUACGAGAGCGGGUGGUCGGGCCACGACCUGCUCUACGUUCAGGCUCAGAACAUGGAGAUGCUGUGGCAAGACUUCUCGCACAAGCUCGGCGACCAGGUGUUGAUCCCGCUCAACACUUACACCAACCAGUUCCCGGAGACCAGGAAAAAGAUCGAGAAACGCGGACGUAAACUGGUGGACUACGACAGCCAACGACACAGCUUCCAGAACCUACAGGCCAACGCUGCUAAGAGGAGGGAUGACGUCAAGGUGACGAAAGGCCGCGAGCAGCUCGAAGAAGCCAAGCGUACGUACGAGGUGCUAAACUCGGAGCUCCACGACGAGCUGCCGGCGCUGUUCGACUCGCGCGUGCUGUUCUACGUCAACAACCUGCAGACUCUGUUCUCGGCCGAGCAGCUGUUCCACAGUGAGAGCUCGAAGGUAUUCGCGGAACUGGAAGCCAUAACGGACAAGCUGGCCGGCGACUGCCAGCGCGGCUCGUACAAGAAGAUCUCCAACAACAUCAGCCCCGUCUCCUCGCCCAAGACCAACACGCUCGGAUCUGUCAACGGGAACUCGGUCGCCUCGCCUAAUAAUACUAUUCAGACCCGGCCGUCGCCGCCCGCGCCGCGCCUCAACGGGUCAUCGACCCCGCCCUCCUCACCGGAAAAGGAAAUAGAGAAGGAGCCACUACCUGACCACGAAGAAGAAAAGCCGCCAACGCCCAUAGAGAAAGAAAACAACAACAUCGAAGAGAAAGAAGUCCCCGACAAAAAGGUCGAGGAACUCUAUGACAUUCCUGUCGGGUCCCCUAUUCCGCCCGAGAAGCAUUCGAAACAAGAGAGGGAAAACAAUAAUGGAGAGGCCAAGGAAAAGAAAGAAACGCAAGAUAAAACAGAGAAUGAAGGAAAGGAUGAAGUGUACGAUAUCCCGAAUGGGGCCACGCUGCAAGGCCUGCCGCCGGGCGUUCUGUACCGCGUGCGCGCGACCUACCGCUACACGCGCGAGGACAGCGACGAGCUGUCGUUCGACGUCGGCGACACCAUCCGAGUCGUGGAGUACGACGACCCCGAGGAACAGGAGGAGGGCUGGCUAAUGGGCAUCAAAGAGGGCACCAAUGAGAAGGGCAUGUUCCCUGCGAACUUCACACGGCCAAUAUGAAGCGGCUAAAUAACAUCGUAGCUAUAGCGAACAGUGCACCGCGUCUAAGAUCAAUCGAAUGUAAUCUAUAGUACCAUCCCUGAGACCCUCGAGUUUCUUACAAUGUCUCCGGAGCGAAACUCGACGGUCGAACAAAAUGUCUUGUGCAAUCCGAGCAAUAGAGUUGUUGAGACAUUUCCACAUGACAUGUCUCCUGAACAAUUCGAUUGUCCUCUAACAUCAUAUCGGAAUGAACACUACAUUUUCUAAUUCUAGUUUUAGUUGUUGAAUGUUAAUAGAUAUUAUUUAUGUUAUUACAACGAAUAUUAUUAUUAUCCAAUGACCUUUUAAAUAUCAAUUGCUUUUUAAAUUUUGUAUAUACAGUGGUUCAUAUGAGGCAAAUAUAGUCAUUAUCAAUACGGUGUAGGGUGCAAAUUAAUAAUGUUUGGUGACACAGUAAUCAAUAAUAUUAUGUCAUAAUCAAUACGACAAUAACAGUUAAGUGUAAAGCGUAUAUUUAGUGUAAAUUUGCUCAGUGUUAUUGGAAAGUGACCUUAAUAUAUUGAAAGUACCUACAAGCUUCUACAAUAUUCUACAUAUUUCCUUUACUCUGAUAUUUACUAUCUUCACCAGCAGUAUUAAAAUGUUUGCUUGAAUUUGAAGUUAAUAAUAAUAUCUACGUUGUUUACAUUCACUUCAUCUGAAAUUCCAUCAAUUUAUUGCAUUUCAUUUUAUAUUUAUUGUAUGUACUGAUACCGCCACGAUAGAUACAGGUCUUCGGGCUCCAACAAUGGUCGAAAUCAUCAAAUCGCGAUUUGUAUGUCUGACUCAAGUCAUUAUUAUUGGUUCUUAUUUAUAAUUUGGCAUACAAGCUACUUCGUAUCUUUGGUUUAUAUUAAGUGUUAAAUGUAUUUUGUUAACCCUCAUUCGAUUUAUUUGUUAGUGCAGUUCUAGGCAGUAGAACAGUAAUUUAUUCAAAUAUGUCUCUUAUUAUUUUAUCAUGGAAUAUUGUUAUUCGGAUAAGUAGUUGUACCUAACAUAAAGCUAUUGUUAUACAUAUUUAUUAGUUAAACCGAGUACAUACUAACUUUGAUCAUAUUUUUAAGAAUGCUUUUCAUUAACUGUAAAAUCCAGAACUAAAACUCAAUUUUCCCUUGAAAUUAUAAUCGCCUGUGUGUCAAAAACGGUGCUUUGAUAAUGUGUACAUAUUUAAUAAAAAAACUUUACAUUUUUACCGAUUUUUAGAGUAAGGUGUGAUUGAAUCAUGUGUUCUAUUUUAAUGUUCUUAUGCAUCUUAUCAAUUUAUCAAAAUAUACAUAAAUAUUUCAUUACGAUUAUGUAAAAUAUGAUUAAUAAAAAUGAGGCAAUGCCGAAAGUACUGGGUUUGUCAGUAUCAGUAAUUAGAAUGAAGGAUAACAUCAACAAUGUCUUACGUUGAACGUUGAGAUUGAUUUAAUAUAUUAAAUAAAUGAAGAAAAUAGCAAUUGACUGAUGUAUAAUGAAGAAUAUUGAUAUGAUAAAUAAUUAAUUGCGACGUACUUGAGUAGAAGACUCGAAUUUGUUGAGUUGUCGUGGCUUAGCUCAUGUUAUAGAAAUAAGAAUGCAUGUUUUGUAUAGGUACUAUAAGAAUUUUAUCCACCAACAUGUAUCAAGCAGCACAAUAACAUUAUACGAGCUGUUUCGUAAGUUUGAAUUGAAAUAAGAGCAUACACACAGCAUACAUGCUUGUUUCUACAAUAUGAGAGGCUUACAGCUGUGCCAUGGAAGGUCCAUAGUAGGUUUUAAUAUAAGUUUGUUAGGACUUGUACAGUUUUUACAACUGCGAAUAAAAAUGUUUCUCACAAA